AUGACCAUCACCGUUACUGUUACCAUGACUGUCAUUGUGACCGUCUCCGUCACCGUCACCAUGACCAUGACCAUUACCGUCACUGUGACCGUCUCUGUCACUAUUACCGUCAUGGUCAUGGGCACUGUGAUCAUCACCGUGACCAUCAAUGUUACAAUCACUGCUACCGUCAUCGUUACCAUUACCGUUGCCAUAAUCGUUAUCGUUAUCAUCACCGCUACUAUCACCGUUACCGUCCUCAUUACUCUCACCGCUACCAUUAUCGUUAUCGUCACUGUUAUCGAUACUGUUACUGUCACGUUCACCGUUACUGUUAUCGUUACCUUUACCAUUAUCGUAACCGUUACUGUCAUCGUUACGUCACCAUCACCAUUACCGUUAUUGUCAACGUUAUUUGUUACCAUCACCGUCACCGUUACCGAUACUGUCAAUGUUACAAUCAAUGUCACCGUUAUUAUUACCGUCACUGUUACAGUAACUGUUACCGUUACCAUCGCCAUUAUCGUUAUCGUUACCAUUACAGUCAGCGUUAUCGUUACUGUCAUCAUUUCCGUUACCGUCACGGUCACCGUCACCAUUAUCGUCACUAUUACCGUAACUGUUACUGUUAUCGUAAUCGCUACUGUCACCGUUACUAUUACCGUUACCGUCAUCGUUAUCGAUAUUGUUACUAUCACCUUCACCGUUAUUGUUACCAUUACCGAUAUUGUUUUUAUCAAUGUCACUGUUAUCGUUUUCGAUAUCGUUACCAUUAUUAUCACCAUUAUCCUCAUAGUUACCAUCACCGUUAUUGUGACAGUCAUCGUAAUCGACACGAUCACCGUGAUCAUCAUCGUCACUGCCACCUUUACCAUCACUGUUAUCGUCACCGUUACAGUCACUGUUACCUUCACCAUUAAAGUCACCGUCACCACCGUUUUCGUUAUUGUCACCGUUAUCGAUACUUUUACGGUCACCGUUACCAUCAUUGUCACAGUUAUCGUUACCGUUACGAUAACCAUCACCGUUAUAGUUACGAUAACUGUCACCGUUAUCGUCACCGUCCCAUCACUAUCACCCAUUACCUUUAUUGUUACUGUUUGCGUUAUUGUUAUCGUCAUCGUCACUGUCACCGUUACCGUUACUGUCACCAUCAUUGUUACCAUUAUCAUGAUCAUUAUUGUCACUGCUACCGUUACCAUAAUCAUGACCAUUACCGUCACCAUCACCGUUAUCGUCAUUGUGACCAUUACUGUCACCAUUACCAUUACCAUCACCGUUACCAUUACCGUCACCGUUACCGUUACCUUUACUGUCACCGUUACCGUUACCGUCACCUUCACCGUUACCGUCAUCGUGACCCUUACCGUUACCGUUUUUCACUUCAUUUCCGUCACUGUUACCGUCACCAUUAUCUUUAACAUUACCGUUACUAUUACCAUCACCGUUAUUGUGACUGUUACUACUAUCAUCACUGUUAUCGUGAUUGUUACCGUGACCGUGACCGUUACCAUUACUGCAAUCGUAACUCUUACUAUUACCGUUAUCAUUACUGUCACCGUUACCAUCGCCGUUAUCAGAACCAUUUCUGUCACUGUUACCGUCACCGUUACCGUUACAAUUACCAUCACCGUUACUAUUAUCGUUAUCGUUAUCGUCACCGUUACCGUUAUCGUUACUAUUACCGUCACCGUUACCAUUACCGUUACUGUUACCAUCACCGUUAUUGUUACCGUCGUCGUUACCGUUAUUGCUACUGUCACCGUUACUAAUACACUCACCGUUACCGUUAUCGUCGCUAUUAUUGUUACCGUCACUUUCACCAUCACCGUCCCCAUUACCAUUACCGUUACUAUCACCGUCAUCGUUACCACUACUGUUACUGUUAUUGUCAUUGUUACUGUUACCGUCACUUUCACCAUCACCGUCCCCGUUACCAUUACCGUUACUAUCACUGUCACCAUUACCACUACCGUUACCGUUACCGUUACCGUCACUGUUACUGUUACCGUCACUUUCACCAUCACCGUCCCCAUUACUAUUACCGUUACUAUCAUUGUCACCGUUAUCACUACCGUUACCGUUAUCGUCACCAUUACAGUUAUCGUGACCGUUACCGUGACAAGUACCGUUAUUGUCAUCGUGACCAUCAUUGUUACUGUCACUGUGACAAUCUCCAUCACCGUUAUCGUAACCGUCACCAUCACGGUCACGGUCACCGUUACUAUAACAAUCAUGGCCACAAUCACCAUCAUCAUCACCGUGACCAUCAAUGUUACAGUCACCGCUACUGUCACUGUUAUCGUUACCAUUACCGUUACUGUUGUCGUAACCAUUACCGUUAUCGUCACCGCUACAUUCACCAUUACUGUCCCCGUUACUCUCACCGUUACUGUUAUCAUUACUGUCAUUGUUACCAUCACCGUUAUUGUCACUGUUACUGAUACUGUUACUGUCACCUUCACUGUUACCGUUACCAUUACCAUUACCAUUAUCGUAACCGCUAUUAUCAUUGUUACUGUCACCAUCACCGUUACCGUCACCGUCACCGUUACUAUCACUGUUACUGUUACCGUUAUCGUAACCAUUACUAUCAUCGUUAUCGUCACCGUUAUAGUUACCAUUAUUAUCACCGUUACUAUCACCAUUACCGUCACCAUUAUCCAUACCGUUACCAUUACCGUCAUCGUCACCAUUACCAUUAUCGUAACCGUUACUAUCAUCGUUAUUGUCACUAUUACCAUCACUGUUAUCACCACCAUUACCGUAAGCAUUACAGUCACCGUCAUCAUUAUCAUUACUGUUAUCGUCACCGUCACUGUUAUCGAUACUAUCAACGUUACCGUCACUGUUAUAACUAACGUCACCAUUAUCGUUACCAUACCAUCACCAUUACCGUUAAUAUUACUGUUACCGUAA